AUGACGUCAACUAGUACCAUACCUAGCGCAGGCGUUAGUAGUAAUGUAUCAAUCAUUACUGAUAACGGAUCCGUGGAAAAGCCAUUGCUCGACAAUCGCUCGUAUCGUCUAGUAAAGCUCAAUAAGAACAACUUGCAUGUUCUUUUGAUCCAUGACCCCACCACAGACAAGCUGGCUGCUUCGCUAGAUGUGAAUGUUGGCGCCUUUGCAGACGCCAAGUACAAAGUAUCUGGUUUAGCGCAUUUCUGUGAACACUUACUCUUUAUGGGUACCAAGAAGUACCCCCAAGAAAACGAAUACUCCAAUUACUUGUCCAAGCAUUCCGGCCACUCCAACGCAUACACAGCAGCAGAGCACACAAACUACUACUUUGAAGUCGAUUCCAAGUUCCUUCAUGGAGCUCUUGACCGCUUUGGACAGUUUUUCAUUGAACCCUUAUUUUCCAAAUCCUGCAAAGAUCGUGAGAUUAAGGCGGUUGAUCUGGAGAACAAGAAAAACUUACAGAAUGACCUUUGGAGGUCUUAUCAAUUGGAUAAGUCUUUAAGUAACCCUAAGCAUCCUUACAAUGGCUUUUCGACCGGAAAUUUUCAAACCUUGCACGUAGACCCCAUUAACCAAGGUUUGGACGUCAGAGAGGUAUUAUUGGAUUACUAUUCAAACCACUACUCAUCCAAUAUCAUGAGCUUAGUUAUAUUGGGCAAGGAAAACUUGGACGAACUAGAGCAAUGGGCUGAACAAAUUUUUGAUUCUAUUCCAAAUAAAGACUUACAUAGACCAAAUUACGAUGGAGAACUCAUAUUCACUCCUGAACAAUUGAAUAAAGUCGUGAAGCAAAAGUCAGUCUUAGAUCAUCAUAAAUUGGAAAUUUCAUUUAAAAUCCCUAACGAUCAAGAUACAAAUUGGGAUAGUAAGCCAGGAGGAUACUUUUCCCAUUUAUUGGGACAUGAAGCAGAAGGUUCGCUUUUCCAUUACUUAAAGCAAGUGAAAGGUUGGUGUAAUGAAUUAUCUGCUGGUCAGCACAAAGUCUGCCAAGGUUCUUCACAAUUUGAUAUUGAUAUUGAUUUAACUAUUGAAGGAUUGAAUAAUUGGGAAGAAAUUGUUGUCAACACUUUCCAGUAUAUUGACAUGGUAACCAGGCAGAAUAAGCCCCAGAAGUGGAUUUGCGAUGAAAUCUCGAAAAUGAGUGAAAUAAACUUCAAAUUUCAACAGAAGAGGGGUGCUGCCACAACUGUUUCCAAGAUGAGUAACAAAUUAAUCAAAUUUUAUGAUGAAGGUGUAAUUCCAUCCAAUUUUAUUCUUUCUUCAGGUAUUAUCAGAGAAUAUAAUGAACAGAAGAUAUCCGAAUAUGGAUCAUGGUUGAAUAAAGGAGAUAAUUUUAGAAUUGCUUUGGCAAGUCAAGAAUUUGAAGGCUUGGAUAGUAAAGAGAAAUGGUAUGGCACUGAAUAUUCUUUUGAGGAGCUCCCACAAUCUUUAACCCAAAAGUUAUCUCAUCUUGAAGAAAAUAAUCACUUCCACUUACCAUUGCUGAAUGAUUUCAUCCCAACUGACUUCACACUCUUCAACAAAGUUAAAAAGACGCCAGAGACCAGCUUGAAACACCCAUACUUAGUUAAAGAUAAUACCAAAUUCCAACUUUGGUACAAAUUAGAUGAUCAAUUUGAAGUUCCAAAGGGUACAGUUGAGUGUGUUUUGCAUUUACCUAAUUCUAAUGUAUCAUGUGAAAGUUCCAUUUUCUCUUCAAUUUGGGCAGAAUUGAUCGAAGAAGAGCUAAAUGAAAUUGCAUAUUACGCUUCAAUUGUCGGAUUAUCCUUUGGUAUUCAUCCUUGGAGAGAUGGAUUCUUAAUCAGAGUAAGUGGUUACAAUGAUAAGUUGAAAGUUCUUCUUCAAAAAGUUAUUGCAAAACUCGUGGACUUUGAACCUAAAAGUGAAAGAUUUGAGAUUGUAAAAUACAAAUUACAACAGGAUUUCAAGAAUUUUGGAUAUGGAGUUCCAUACAAUCAAAUUGGAACCCAUUUCUUAACCUUUGUUAAUGAUAAGACAUAUACAGAUCAGGAGAGAUUAAGUAUUCUUAGAAAUAAGGAUGAAAUCACUUAUAAUCAAUUUGUCAACUUCAUAGGUGAAGAAGGUGUUUGGAAACGUGGAAUUUUUGGAGAAAUUUUAGUACAUGGAAAUUUCCAAGUAAGCGAUUGUGAAGAAGUUUAUUCCAUAUUUGAAAAGACUUUUGAUAAUGUCAAGGAAGUAGCUCAAUCCUUUGAUGAAUUGAAUUCUGUUGUUAGGUUACAAAAUUCCGUAAUUGAAAAAGGAUCCAGGUAUAGAUAUGAAUUACCACUAGAGGAUGCUAAGAAUAUCAACUCAUGUAUUGAAUAUUAUAUUCAAAUUGGUGAAAUUACUCCAGAGAAUGACAAACUUCGAGUGUUAACCGACUUAUUUUGCACAAUUAUCAACGAGCCAUGCUUCGCACAACUUCGUACCAAAGAACAACUAGGUUAUGUUGUGUUUCUGGGAUUUAGAUUGAUUAGAACCAGCUUUGGGUUUAGAAUUUUGAUUCAAUCUGAAAGAACAACUGAUUAUUUGGAGUAUCGUAUCGAGGAGUUUUUAAGCAAAUUUGGACAAUUUAUUUAUUCAAAAUUAACAAACGAAGUAUUUGACAAUUUCAAGCAGGCCUUAAGAGACAAGAAGCUUACCAAACUAAAGAAUUUGAAUGAAGAAGUUUCGAGAUUCUGGAACGGCAUCAUUGAUGGAUACUAUGAUUUCCAAAUUAAGGAAAAGCAAGUGAAGAUUUUGGAUGAUAUAACUUUGGCUGAAUUUCAAGAAUUUUUCAGCAAGUACAUUUUAGAAGAAAAUACUACUGGUCGUAUAAUUGUGCAUUUGAAAUCUCAGAGUGCCCCAUUACCAUCUAAUGAGAAACUUAUCCACUCCUCAAUUAUCAACUAUUUGUUCAGAAACGACUUACACUUGGGUAGUGACACUUUGGAAGGAUUAUUGGAUGGAGGAGAAGGAGAAGAUAAGAAAUUUGACUUAGACGAAUUAUCAUUAAAGGUAACACAAGCGUUAAUAGACUUUGUUCCAAGCGAACAGGAAGAUGGAGUAGAGGGUAAUACAAUCCCUGACAAGAAAUCAUUUGCUGCCAAGUUAAAGGAUACGAUUGAGGAAGGUUUAAAAUCCCCUGUUCCUAGUAAAUAUCCUACUGGCCAAAAGGUUUCUAUCGCAGAAUUUAAAAAUAACUCGAAGAAGGGAGGCAUUCCUGCUCCUGUUGUACCACUAAAGACUUACUACUUACCAACCGAUCCAGAAGAUACUGAAUCGCAUUUAUAG